AAACGCCACAGGGGCGUAACGUUAGCUCUGAUUUCCAACGUGCUCGUAUGUUAUGACACCGCUCUUGAGUGAGAACGAGUGAAAUCCUAAAGAUGUCUCUCUACCGAAACACAGUUUGGUUCCUGAAGGGUCUACAGGAAUAUACGAAGGGCGGUUAUGAGGCAGCGGCGAGGAGCUUCAGCGAGGCGGAUCUGGAGGUGAAUCUGAGCGGCCGCUCGUUCAUCAUCACCGGAGCGAACAGCGGCAUCGGUAAAGCCGCCGCCUGCGAAAUCGCCAAAAGAGGUGGGACAGUACAUCUGGUGUGCAGAAAUGAAGAUCGUGCAAAUGAGGCAAGGAAAGACAUUGUGGAGAGAUGUAAAAAUGAGAAUGUCCAUGUUCUCUAA